GGGGUCUAACAUGUCAUUUCAAAUUACUCCCCAACGACGUCGUGCCUCUAUUCUAGUCUGACACUUCGCAAAUUUUGGGAGGCUAACAAUUUACACUUCACAGCACAGAAGCGCAUCAAAACGAGAAGGCGAUAAUGAUAACCAUCUCCCUCUUCUCUCGUUGCUCUGCUCCUCCAACGGUGGUUGCUUCUCCGGGAUCUCAUCGCUCCGGCAGCGUGUUCCGGCCGGAAUACGGUCUUCGUCUUCGAAAAUCUCAAUUUGGCAUUAAAACCCUACGCCUUCACAGCAGCAAUUCCUCCAACGGACAAUCAAAGGAGGAGGAGUACAAGUCGAGCUCGAGCAGGUUCCUGGAUGAGGAAGGCGUGGUGGAAGACAUGGACGGAUAUCUCAACUACCUUUCACUCGAGUACGAUUCAGUUUGGGACACCAAACCUUCUUGGUGUCAACCAUGGACAAUUGCCCUCACUGGAACAUCCAUCAUUGGUGGAAGCUGGCUAAUAUUGCACAACGUCUUAGCCACUUCAGUUGCUUCCACUUUAAUCUGCACCUGGUGGUACAUCUUUCUCUAUUCUUACCCAAAGGCAUAUAAGGAAAUGAUUGCUGAGAGAAGGAAGAAGGUCACCAGUGGUGUUGAAGACACAUUUGGUUUAAGAAACAGUCCUUAAUCUUUUGCUUGAAAAACCAUCAUCAACUGAUGCCAGGCACGAGUGAGUCGAUUUUGGUAUACAGAAGUAACAGUAGAUACACAACAAAACAGCUUUAGAUUUCCUCCUUAACUUGGUUGAACCCAUAUCCUAAUUGUUCGAUCACCAAGAAGCCCUGCAGACGCAAUCAUGUUCUCUGUUGGGUGGCAAUUUACAGAAAUAACCGUAUCAGUAUGCCCUUCUAGUUUCUGAAGCAGAUUCUUCCCCUGUAAAUCCCAAAUGUAGACACAAUGGUCCUCUGAACCACUCACGAUGUAUUUACCAUUUGUCACAGAAAACGUAGGCGUUAUGCAAUACUUUUUGUUUACAUGACCUGUAUACAUCUUCAAGAACUUUCCAGUUGAGUAGUUCCAGAGCUUCAGAUUAUCGUCAAGUGUGGCGACGAGUAUAAACUUUCCAUUAGGUGAGAAUUUGGUGAAAGAAACCGCUGGAACCUUAUCGUCGAUGAGCGUCUUCAAACAGGUUCCGGUUGCGGUAUCCCAAAUCUUACAGCUACCGUCGUGGCUGCCGGAAACAAUCAGCGAUCCGUCUCGGUUGAAAUGCACGGAGGUCACGGGUAACGAGUGAGCUCUGAUUACGUGAUUAGUCUUCCCUGUUUUUACGUCCCAAACCCUAAUCGUCUCAUCGAAUGAUCCGGAGACGAUGAGGUUCGAAUGAACGCUGAAAUUUACACAGAAGACGAAAUCGGUGUGGCCGCGUAGGGUUUUGACGCAUUCGGCGGCGCGUGCGUCCCAGAUGCGGAGGGUUUUGUCGUCGGAGGCGGAGCAGAUGUAGUGUGAGUCGGAGGACCAGGCGAGGUCGGAGACGCCUUCGGUGUGGCCGUUGAGGCGGGAGAUUAGGGUUAGGUUUUCGGCAUUCCAGAGGAUGAGGGAUUUGUCUAAGGAGGCGGAGGCGAGAAGUUUGCCGCUGUUGGAGAAUUUGACGCAGGAGACGGCGGAUUGGUGGGCGGUUAAGGUUUUGACGAGGCGGUAGGGAGCGUAUUGAGGUGGUGGUUGGACGGUGUUUGUGUUACUGUUGCUACCCAUUUUUUAGACCGAGGCAACAAGUCUCUAGAAGCAAAUCUGGGUGGUAUUUAUAGGUGGUGGGUGUAGUAUCUCUUCUUUUUUAUUUUCUCAAAAUAAUUAGUCCUAAUUAACAUCUCUUUUUAUUUUUAUUUAAAAAAAAAAUGCAAAGUCUCCAUUUUCUUUCAAGAAUAGAAAGGUUUUUGCAUUAAGACUUUAAUC